GAUGACAGCCGUCCGGAUCGCCUCGUCCUUGCUGCCGCUGCUACUGGCGGUGAUGAUGCAAGCCGGAGCCGGAGAGUGCGCGCGGAGGUUCCGCGGCGCCGGUGGCGGCGGCCGCAACCCGCAACCACGACGCGCGCCGCCGCCUCCCACAUACCGGGCGGCCAGCGGCAACCGGGGUGACGCCACCGAGAGUUUCCCACUGGAUUUCACCGCCGUGGAAGACAACAUGGAUAACUUCAUGACGCAAGUCAAGAAUCUGGCGCAGUCGCUCUACCCGUGUUCGGCGCAAAAACUCGACCACGACAUGAGGCUACACUUUUUGGACAACGCCUCGGUCACCUGCAACGACGGAAGCCCCGCGGGGUAUUAUCUCAAGGAAUCCAAAGGAAGCAGACGCUGGUUGAUAUUCCUUGAGGGCGGCUGGUACUGCUUCAACAAAGAGAACUGCGACAGCCGGUACGAGACCAUGAGGAGGCUGAUGAGCUCGUCUAAGUGGCCUCAAACCAAAACAGGCACCGGGAUCCUGUCUCCGCUGCCGGAAGAAAACCCUCACUGGUGGAAUGCCAACAUGGUGUACAUCCCGUACUGUUCCAGCGACGCGUGGAGCGGCGCCACUGCCAAAACGGAACACAGUGGCUACGCUUUUAUGGGCUCGCUGAUCAUUCAAGAAGUGGUGAAAGCUUUGCUAAAAAAGAGCCUGGACAACGCCAAAGUCCUGCUGCUCGCCGGGAGCAGUGCCGGCGGGACGGGCGUUCUGCUGAAUGUGGACCGUGUGUCGGAACUGCUGGAGGGUCUGGGACACACGGGGAUCCAAGUGCGCGGCCUGGCCGAUUCGGGCUGGUUCCUGGACAACAAGCAGUACGACUUCACCGACUGCUUGGACGCGGUCAGCUGCGCACCCACUGAGACCAUCAAGAGAGGCAUCAAGUACUGGGGAGGAGUCGUACCAGAGAAAUGCAAGCAAGCCCACGAAGGAGAGGAGUGGAAUUGUUUCUUUGGCUACCGAGUCUUCCCAUCGAUCAAAAGCCCGGUCUUUGUGGUCCAGUGGCUGUUUGACGAGGCCCAGCUGACAGUGGACAACAUUCAGUUGACGGGACAGCCGGUGCAGGAGGGCCAGUGGCGUUACAUCCAAAAUCUCGGCAUCGAGUUGAGGAACACCCUCAAAGAUGUUCCGGCUAUGUUUGCCCCUGCGUGCCUCUCUCACGAAGUCAUCACAAGAAACUACUGGACGGACGUGCAGGUGAAAGGCACCUCGUUGCCGCGGGCGCUGCACUGCUGGGACCGUAGCCUGCAAGACAACAGGAACAACAAAGCCCCGCCCAAAGGCUGCCCGGUGCAUUUGAUGGACAGCUGCCCGUGGCCGCACUGCAACCCCACCUGCCCCACCAUCCGAGACCAGUUCACGGGCCAGGAGAUGAACGUCAUCCAGUUCCUCAUGCACAUGGGCUUCGACGUGCAGAAGAUGGCGCAGCAGCAGGGCAUGGACCCCGGCAAGCUACUGGGCAUGCUUAGCAGCGGCAGUUAAGCAUUUCAACAGCUUUCAAACACACUCAACAGUAUCUUCAAGCUAACGCCCGAGUAGGCUCGCGGCCGCUUUCUCUGGCCACCUUCCGUACCCGAUACCUCCGACCGCUCGUCUUCCCGCUUACUCUCGUACCUCGACUUAUCGUAUUUCCAAAUUUAUAUGUUCAAGGCGGAUCACCCAAGCGGUAAAUCAAGUAGAUAAAUUGCGGCACCGCUUCAGAGCCACUUGCAGUCCAAUACUUACCAUGGGAUCAUCUUUGAAAUUGCCAAUUCAUUUAGAAGGUGCGCUAAAAAAUCGAGAGACAGCGAGAACCAGUAGUGGUAUUUUCCAUGAGGCAUAAUUGAUUUUGCCAUUUGGCAUUUUUUUGCCAUGUGGCAAAAUGGAUUUUGCUAUGUGGCAUUUUUUUGCCGUGUGGCAUUUUUUUCC